AUGGCCACUGUUGGUGCAAUAUACUGCAUGUUCCUUGAUGCAUUGAAAUUUGACGCAACCCGCUUCAAAAGAACAGCAAAAGAUAGCGUGAAAAUUGGUCUGGUCGGCUGCAUCUUACCUUCCGUAGUCACCUCAACCCUCCUCCUCCUGCUAGGCCUAGGGGGCGCCAUUCAUGGACUCGGGCCAGCUCCUGCAGGAACAUUUUAUCUCACUAUUCCCUUUUCUUUAACUUUUUUUCCUGUGGUAGCUCAGGCCAUGGAUGAACUCAACCUUAUGACCUCUGAAUUGGGCCAAUUUGCCAUGUCCUUUGCCAUCCUCAACGAUGUGAUCUUCUGGUUCCUCAUUGCAUUGCAUCUCAUAUUCACGAAACCAGACGCAACCUAUCGCAUUGAGAGUUUUAUUUCUGUCUUUGGGUUGAUAUUAUUCACUGUCUACGUCAUACGCCCAAUUAUGCUGUCGAUUGUCAAGAACAUCCCCCAAGGACAAGAAGCCAAGGAAGUUCAUGUAGUUGCAAUACAACUUGGGGUUCUAGUCAUGGCUUUUAUCUCCGAUGCCUUAGGCACAGCGCCGUACGCGGGUGUUGUACUUCUGGGGCUAGCCAUACCCGGUGGACCACCUCUUGGUGCAGCAAUAGUCCACAAGACCGAAUAUUUGGUCUCCCAAAUUCUUAUGCCAAUGUUCUUUUUCUACACGAUCAUUAUCAUGUCGUACGUUUCAAAGAUUGUGGCAGUUGUAGCGGCUGCAAUGUGGUGCAAAAUCGGGUUUAAAAAUGGUCUAAGGCUCAGCAUGGCCAUGAGCGUCAAGGGUAUAAUAGAGAUUAUCUCUUAUUCUCGAUGGAGGACCGUAAAGCUCAUAGAUGAACAAGCUUUUACUCAAAUAGUGUUGUCUAUGCUGGGGAUGACCAUGAUUGCAACACCAUUGCUACGAUUCUCAUACAACCCUAAAAUCCGACUCGGAGCAUCAACCAAACGUCCCCGCUUCAGAAGCAUCCAAUCAAUGCCAAGCAACUUCGAAACAUUUCGCAUUCUUUGUUGCUUUCACAACCAAGAAAGCAUCCGCAACCUUAUUACCCUCCUGGAAGCCUCAUACCCGACGCUAGCAAGCCCCAUCUGCGCCUACGUGGUCCAUGCAGUGGAGCUGAUGGGGUGUGCGGCGCCACUACUAGUCCGUCACAAUAAAUUAAAGCACACAAAUACACCGACCCAUCAAAUGAUUCAAGCCUUUGAGAAUUACUCAGACAACUCCGAAGGACUGGUCACGAUCCAUGCUUACGAUAUGAUCGCUCCUUACAAAAGCAUGCACGACACAAUAAUCCGUCUUGCACAAGACAAGGUCGUUCCUCUGAUUAUCUUACCAUUCCAUGAUCACCAGGGUACGGUUGACCUCACUUUGAUUGCCUCCAUACGCCAAUUCAACAUCAAUGUGCAAACAAAUUCCCCAUGUACAGUUGACAGAGACUUGUCUAGUCGGCUGAGAUUGACAAGCUCUUCCUUCAAUGUAGCGGUGAUUUUCAUUGGUGGAGCAGAUGACCGUGAGGCGUUGGCCUACGCAGCACGAAUAUCUGGCAAUCCCACCGUGGGUAUGACGGUGUUCAGGAUAAUCUUGCGGGGUAAACUAGGAGGAGGUAACCAAGAGGAGGAAAUAGAGGCCAAGCUCGACCAGUCUUUGGUCGAUGAGUUUAAGCUGGGGAACAUCGGGAAUGAUUGUGUGAAUUGGUAUGGUAUCGAGGUGGAUGACGGUGCACAAGUUAUGAGUGCCAUUAAGAAGUUGCAGGGCGAUUAUGAUCUUGUCAUGGUAGAGCGACGGCACGUGGAGAUGUCGCUAAGGGAUGAAGAAAUGGCGGUAUUCAUGGAGCAUCCAGAGCUGGGAGUUGUCUGGGACAUGCUGUCUUCUUUAGAUAUCUGUGAUGGGAUGGUGAAUGUGUUGGUCAUGCAAGAACGCAGAGGCUUAGGCUGUGGAGCUUUUCGUAGUGACUCUGCAAGGGUUUCAUAG